CCUCGUUGAUCUUUCUUCACCCUGACCUCAUCACACCUGGUUCUUACCUCGAUGGCUACAGAGGCCCAUCGACGGGCACUCUCCGAUCUCAUCAGCGGUAACGGCUCGUACAAUGAGCUCACACAGGAAGAGUUGCGCUCCCUGCAGACGGCCGUCUCUCAAGUCGCUUCGUCGUCCAAGGAAAAGCUACACGACAACGAGGCGAAUCAGCUCACAGGUAGCGGCCAUGAGACGGACCUCCUCUGGACGCAGCUGUUGCGGGAGGUUCAGUCAGAUGGUCAGGGAUCUAUAUCGUCGAUCUCUCCGCCCGUUGGGGACGACGCUACCACUCGACUGGACUCGCACCUCGCCACAAUGGAUCCAGACGUGGCAACAUCGCUGCGACAGAGCAUCGCAGAGUGUCUGUCGGAUCCAGCAAAGACGGACGAUGCAGCAGCUGCUGAGCUGGCAGAGAUGCUAGGCUACGACAAUCUUGAUCUGGUCGGCGACCUCGUUGCGCAGAGGCAGCAGCUGAGUCUCAGCCUGGCAUCGCAGCAGCACAGCGCUGCGACGUCACCAUCACUACAGAACGCCUCUCUGCCAACAUCAGGCAGAACCUCGCCCACGCAGCCUCGAUCCCAUCGCCCAUAUGUACCAAGCUCGCAAGUCAAGGUCCAGUCAGCCUCAGAAAUCGCAGAGGCAAAAGCAGUUCGCCAAGCCAACAAGCGUCUCAACAAGGGCAAAGCCGCAGCAUCAAGUCACGGCCACAACUUGACUCUCGAAGAGAUGGACCAACUACGACAACAGCAACUCGAUGAAAAUGCCAAUCGACCUCUCUUUUCUGGCGAGUCGUCCGCAAUGGAUCAGCCAAGGUACCCGCACGUCUUUUCAUCGACGGCAUCCGGUAAUACCUUGUCCGUCUUUGGUUCCAAGUUCGCCCUGCCCAUCGGCACAUCACGCUCAGAUCACAAGGAGUACGAAGAGGUGACGAUACCACCACCGAGACCUGUACCUAUGCGCAACGCCGAACGCCUCAUCCCCAUCAGCGAGAUGGAGCCACUUUGUCGUGGCGCCUUCCCUGGCUACAAGUCCCUCAACAGACUGCAGUCAGCCGUGUACCCCUUGGGUUACGGCACAAACGAGAAUCUACUCGUCUGCGCGCCAACAGGAGCAGGCAAGACCGACGUUGCAAUGCUUACCGUUCUUCGAGCCAUUUCCCAGUACUCGGCCGAUGUUCACUCAACGGGCGGCCGAGGCUUCGGCAUAAAGCUCAAUGACUUCAAGGUCAUCUACGUGGCUCCCAUGAAGGCUUUGGCAGCCGAAGUGGUGCGCAAGUUCAGCAAGAGGCUCAGCUACCUUGGUGUCAAAGUGCGAGAGCUGACGGGAGAUAUGCAAAUGACUCGUCAGGAGAUCGCAGAGACGCAGAUGAUCGUCACAACGCCAGAAAAGUGGGAUGUGGUCACGCGUAAGCCGACAGGAGAGGGCGAGCUGGCGUCCAAGGUCAAGCUCCUCAUCAUCGACGAGGUUCAUCUCCUGCAUGAAGACCGUGGCGCCGUCAUCGAGACAAUUGUCGCUCGUACGCUGCGCCUGGUGGAGUCGAGCCAAUCCCUCAUCCGCAUCGUCGGCCUCUCAGCAACUCUUCCGAAUUACGUAGACGUUGCAGACUUCUUGCGCGUCAAUCGAUAUCAGGGCCUCUUCUACUUCGACUCGUCGUUCCGACCCGUCCCACUCGAGCAGCACUUCCUAGGCGUCAAGGGCAAGCCAGGCUCUCCCGCUGCUCGCAACAAUCUGGACAAGGCGACUUUCAUCAAAGUGCAGCAGCUCAUCGAGGAGGGACACCAGGUCAUGAUCUUCGUGCACGCAAGGAAGGAGACGGUCAAGACUGCUCUGACUAUCCGCGAGAUGUGUCGCGCUGAAGGGUGUGAGGACUUGCUUUUGGCUGGGCGCGACGACAAAGACGCUGUGGUCAAUGGUUUCAAACGUGAUUUGAUGACCAGCCGUAACAAAGAGCUAAAAGAGCUCUUCGAGAGCGGCCUCGGCAUCCAUCAUGCGGGAAUGCUGAGGAGCGACCGCAACCUCAGCGAGCGCAUGUUCGAGACUGGCAUCACCAAGGUGCUAUGCUGUACCUCAACGCUAGCAUGGGGCGUAAAUUUGCCUGCCUACGCCGUCCUCAUCAAGGGCACCGAGGUCUACGACUCCGGUCUCGGCAAAUUCACCGAUCUCUCCAUUCUCGACGUGCUGCAGAUCUUCGGACGAGCUGGUCGACCCCAGUACGAAGACCUAGGUGUGGGCUACAUCCUCACACCACAAGAGAAGCUCACUCACUACGUCGACGCCAUCACCAGCCAACACCCGAUAGAGUCCAAAUUUGACAAGGGCUUGAUCGACUCCCUCAACGCAGAGUGCGCUCUAGGCACAGUGCGGAGCACCUCAGAUGCCAUCACCUGGCUGAGCUACACAUAUCUCUUCACACGGAUGCGCCGCAACCCGCUCGCUUACGGAAUGUCCCACGAUGAGAUCCUCGACGAUCCACACAUCGGCGCCAAGCGGCUCGUCCUGGUCAAUCUGGCCGCUAAGACGCUCGUGGCCUGCAAGAUGUUGGAAGUCGAUACCAAGUCUGGCCGACUGGGCAUCACUGAGUUGGGCCGUAUCGCCGCUCGGUACUACAUUCCGUGGCGAACAGUCGAGAUCUUCAACGAGAAGCUUCGUCCGAACAUGACCGAGGCGGAUGUACUCAGCGUCCUCUCUUUGGCUACGGACUUUGAGCAGAUCAUACCUCGUGACGCAGAGGAGAGGGAGCUCAAAAAGAUGCUCGAAAACGCUCCCUGCGAGGUGCCUGGUGGGAUCGAGACCUCGCCAGGCAAGGUAAACAUUUUGCUUCAGGCGUACAUCUCGCGCGUCUACGUGGAGGACUUUGCUCUUGCGUCGGACACAGCGUAUGUUGCUCAAAACACCGGUCGCAUCAUCCGAGCCCUCUUUGAGAUCUCUCUCAGCCGACGUUGGCCCACUACCACUGCCUCGCUCAUGAGCAUGAGCAAAGCAGUGGAGCGCCGCAUGUGGCCCUUUGAUCACCCGCUUUCACAAGCGACCCUCACGCAGGACACAAUGUUCAACAUCCAACGAUGGGCCGACGAGAUGGAGAUCACCGACUUGGCCUGCAUGCCAGCGCGAGAGAUUGGCGAUUUGAUCCACUUGAACGAGCGCAUAGGCGGCGCGGUGCGGACUGCGGCGCGGCAGUUUCCUCAUCUGGAGCUGAGCUACGACCUCAAGCCGAUUACGCAUGACCAGCUCAAGGUACGCAUCGACGUGAAGCGCAGCUUUGAGUGGAAUGAUCGAGCGCACGGGGGAAUUGAAGCGUUCUAUAUCUGGAUUGAGGACAAGACUAUUCUGCAGUGGUCGCGAAUCCUCGUGAGACCAACAACACAGCAGAGUGAGCUGGCGUUCACACUCAGCGUAGCAAGCCCAAAGCCGGCGGGGCUGACCAUCAGGUGGAUCUCAGACAAAUGGUUAGGAGCAGAGGGGUCUGUAUGGGCGCCAUUUGACGAGCUUGUCAUGCCAGCGCCGCCACCGCCGACGUCUCCGCUUCUCGACCUGCCGCUUCUCACCGUCGCCGAGGGGCUCGCACGACUCCCUUCUGAGACUCGACACGCCUACCUCUCGCGCUUCAUGGCCUUCAACGCCAUACAGACGCAAGCCUUCCACACAGCCAUGCAUGCACGCGCAAACAUGCUCCUCUGCGCUCCUGCUGCAUCGGGCAAGUCCACACUCGUAGAAAUGGCGAUAUGGCGACAGCUUGAGCAGGACAGGACGUCGCACAUCCUCGUCCUCGUUCCGCAGCAUCGUCUCCUCCUCCAGCAAGCGCAACGUUUCGCAGAGUCCUUUGCUAUUGCUCGCUCUCGCGUAGCGGCCUCACCUCGUGAGAUUGCGAAGCAGGAUCGCUCACUACGAGAAGAGGUGCUUUACGCCCUCCCACAGCAUGUGCUACGCGUCGACCCUCAGCAUUUGCGACGCUUCAAGCUCCUCGUACUUGAAGACCUUCAUCUUCUCAACCCAGCAUACGAGCUCGCCGUCGCGCACCUACGACGCGUCGCUGCCACCUCUCACGCCCGCUUCGUAGCCACAAGCGCCAGCCUGCACGACGCCACAAGCUUCAGUGAAUGGCUAGACGUAUCCGAGCUAGCCUUGUACGCUUUUCACGCGAAAGACCGCCCCACGCCGUUGGCGUUGGAUGUACAAUCGUUCGACCUGCCGCACAGCUUCGCCCUGCUGAAAAUGAUGGCCAAACCUACCUACGAUCGCGCAAGAGCAGCCGUACAAGCUGGCAAGGGACCGGUGCUCAUCUUUGUGCCUUCGAGGCAACAAUGUCUCUCUACGGCGAGCGAUCUCGUCACGCGUGCGGCCUCUGAGCUCAAUCAGGGGGGUUUCCUCGGUGUCGAUCCAGCUGAACUGGAGCCCUACCUCACCAACUUGGUGGACGAGCGUUUGCUCGAGCCUUUACUGCACGGCAUUGGUGUAUGGCAUGAGGGGAUACAUUCUCGGGACCGGAGCUUGAUGCUCGAGCUGUUCAAGAGCGGGACGAUCAAGCUUCUUAUUAGCCCGAGGGAGAGCUGCUGGUCACUGCCCGUUCGAGCAGGACUCGUCGUCGUGAUGGGUGCCAGAUCUAUUCAGGUGGUGACCGGUAGCUUGACCGCCAAAGCGGAAGCGACCGAGAAGGCAGCGCCAACAUUGGUAGAGGCAACUGAGAGGAAGGUGGUCGACUAUGCGUCGACGGAUGUCAUUCGAAUGAGCAGCUUGGCGUCUCGUCUUGACGGUUCGUCAGCUGGGGAAUGCUUGAUCCUUUGUCAGGGAGAGCAGGCGGAGCAACUGACCCAGGCUGUCAGGGAGGGGCUACCCGUGGAGUCAGGCUUGCUUGAAGAUGCUGAGGCCACGAUAUCGGCAGCCACGCUGCCUGUCGCACCACUGCUUGUGGCUUUCGUCUUGCGCAAUCUGGCUGCAGGUGAGGGCAUGGACGCCCAGAGCGUCAUCGACGACCUCUCCUGGACCCUUGUACAGCACCGCCUCAUUCGGAAUCCCUCGUACUAUGAUUCGGCCGGCACGAGUGGGACAAACGCGGCUGCGCGCCUCUCCACGGUGGCGGAUGGGAUCAUUUGCAUGCUCAGCGACGCAGGUCUCAUCGACGUCGCCCCAGCAGGACAGGAUCGUCCCGCUGAGGCCCGGAUCAGCCUGCUGGGCCGGCAGCUCGUCAAGGCGUUUGAGAACAAUGAUGACGCUGCUGCUGUUGGGACGUUGCUGCGCUUGAUGAAGGUGACGAGGCAGGACCCGCUGCUUGCUGCUGCGCUUUGUCAGAACACGUUGCAAAAUGAGGCAAAGCGGGACAAGGAGGAGGCGUUGUACGCUCAAGAAAGUGUGGCCAUCAGAGAUCGCAUACCCGGCGAAUGGUUGGCGGCCUUUGGAAUUCCGAGGGCGGAUAGGCGAGAGAAGAAAGCAAGACAGCAAGCUGCGGAUGCGGCCCAGACGAGGCAGGCAGAGGAUCAUGGCACACCCUCCUUGGAGCAGAAUCAGCAAGCGCUCGUGGUUGAGGAGGAGCAGAAGCUACCCAUUGGCGCAUUAUUGCUGGCCGCCUACUUCUCGCAAACUCCGAUCAGGAGCAGCAGCGGAGGCAGGGUUGCUUCUUCCUCUACGCCGCACCUCUACGAACGUCAAGCUGCUCUCGUCAUCAGGGUUCUGUCGGAUCGAUUGAGAGAUGUAAGAUUCGGUGAUGCUGGUGCAGCUGGUGGCGCCGGCGCUGGAGAAGCUGCAGCGAAGAAGUCCAGGCCUGCAUGAAGCGUUGUAAUUGCUCGGAGUCGAGACAUGCUGCUGUAAACAUCCGUCGAUCGCAUCAAAUCGCGAUAUUGUCGCAUGCGCCUGCUGCUCGCCGCCGCAGCCAUUGAUUGCUAUUCAC